AUGCGAGAACGGCACGGUGGCUGCCGAUGGUGGCUAGGAAGAGGAGGUGCGAUGGUGGAUGCUCGACAAUCGCGGCUAGAAGCUAGGAUUCGGGUUUGCAGUGAUGGUGGCAGGCACGAGAUGAUGCGCGAUGGAUGUUUGGCUGACGGUGGUUUCGAUAAAGGGGAGGUGGUGAGGCGCGGCGGCAAGAUGGUGGCGCGACCAUUGUGGCCACGAACAGCGGUUCACGGUGGCUACAGGUGGAAGAUAAGUGGUCGUUUCUGGUGA